AUGUCUUCUAAUCCUCAGAGUCCCAUGAUGGUGGCCAAACUGGUCCGCUGGAAUAAGGAAUUGAAGCAGAGGAAGGGACUUUUCCAGGGCACUACAGUCGAUUUCUUCCGGUACAAGCGGUUCAUCAGGGCGUUGCACUCUGAAGAAUACACCAAGAAGUCUCGUAACCAGCCGGACUUGUACCCGCCCGUGGACCCUGCCAAGUCCGUCCAAGAAGACACGCAGGCGCGCGACCUCUUCGUUAUCUUGAUCCAGUCCAGGAUCGUGCUCCCAGUCACGAAGUUACAUUCUGAGGAACUCGCAAAGCACGAUUUGAAACCAAAUAAGGAUCACCCACAUUUGGCGCCCACAGAUAAAGCUAUCCUCCAACCAGACGUGUACUUCAUGUGGAACUUCAACCCGAAAACAUGGCGUGAACUGUUCACCGUCGUUGGAAUCGUUGCUGCGUUGCUCACCCUGGUGUGCUACCCGCUAUGGCCAAGAUCGAUGAGAAGAGGCACGUACUACAUCUCCUUGGGGGCCAUGUGGUUGCUCUUGGCGUUCUUUGCCAUCGCACUGAUCAGACUCGUCCUAGCGGUGCUGUCGUACCCACUGUGCAAAAACAAUAUGUUCUGGCUGUUCCCCAACUUCUUCGAGGAUUGCGGUGUCAUUGAAAGUUUCAAACCACUGUACGGGUUCGGCGAUAAGGAAACGUACUCGUACAUCAAGAAACAGGAGAGAGCAAAGAAGAGACUGCUUAAGAAACAGAAAAUGGCAGAGAAGCAAGCUCCAAUUGCAGAAAAGCAAGCCCCAAUCGUAGAGAAACAGACUCCAAAAUUGGAAGAGAUUCCCGACGAGGGCAAUUGA